UUGCGGAUAAGAAAUAAAUGGUUUUCGGACAAGGUCUUCGAGAAGAUUACAGAAGUUGAUAAGCGCAUCGAGCUUUACAAACAAUUUUCUAACCCAGGUAAACCUGUAACUUUCAAUAAUCUUGAUGUAUGGCAAGAAUAUCAAAAAGUUCGCGGUGGUUUACUUUUCAACGAAAUCAACACCCGCAUGGAGAUGAAAAUUAGUUGCCAGAAAGAAGAAUGCAAGUGGAUAAAUUAUCUCAAGUAUUACGCCUAUUCUGGACAUGACGUCAACAUUUUCUCCUUCUUCGCCAUAUUGAAAUUGCUUAAAUCCAAAUUAGUAAUGCCGGAUGGGUAUGUGCCAUAUGCUGCAGCCAUAUUCGUCGAAUUGUGGAUGAACCGUACAGAAGAAAGACCGUAUUUCAAGGUUUGUAUCUAUUCGGUUUCUAUAGACAAAAGCAUUGUGCAUAAAAGUGAUACAAUUUACACCAUAACCUCUGAGAUAAAAGCAUGUGCCGGAAAAACCUACUGCGAAUUGGAUGUAUUCAAGAAUAUCUCUGAUGUAGUAAGGCCCAAUCAAGAAAUGCGCAAGGUAACAAGAAAGUUAACUUUUUUCUUUAGUUAA